CGACGACUGACACCGACGAUCCUCCUCCAGUCGAUCCGCAAUCAUUCGCGCGCAGCUACCAGCUUGAGGCGCUGGAGAUGGCGAUCGAGCGCAACACCAUCGCCUUCCUCGAGACCGGCUCCGGCAAAACCCUAAUCGCCGUCAUGCUGCUCCGCGCCUUCGCCGACGCCGUCCGCAAGCCCUCCGAUUCCAUCGCCGUCUUCCUCGUGCCCACCGUCGUCCUGGUCACCCAACAAGCGAGAGUUAUAGAGACGCACACGGAUCUGAAAGUGGGACAGUUCUACGGGGAGAUGGGGGUCGAUUUCUGGAGUGCUGAUACUUGGAAGCAGCAACUGCAACUUUACGAGGUCUUUGUCAUGACUCCUCAAAUUCUGGUUGACAACUUGCGUCAUCGUUUUUUCAAGCUGGAGAAGAUAAAGCUCUUAAUUUUUGAUGAAUGCCAUCAUGCAAGGGGGAGACACCCUUACGCUUUGAUCAUGACGGAGUUUUAUCAUCGCCAGUUGGAGUCAAACCCAGCUCACCUUCCGAGGAUCUUUGGCAUGACAGCUUCCCUUAUAAAAUCCAAAGUCUCAGACAACCGAAGUGACUACUCUAAACAGAUAAUGGAAAUUGAGAGUCUCAUGAAUGCAAAGGUAUAUACCGUUUCUAGUGAAUCAAUAUUGGCUCAGUACAUUCCAUUUUCCACGCCGAAGAUUGAGCUAUAUAAGCACGAGGACAUGCCUUCUAAAUUGUUCAGUUGUCUGUGUGAUCAUUUGGAGAGCUUGAAAUUGAUGCAUCUGAAGAAGUUGCCAGAAUUAAUGCUUGAUAGUUCAGCCGAGGACAGUGCCCGAAAGAAGAUUAAGAAGCUACAUGGUACCUUCUUAUUUUGUUUGACAGAACUUGGAGUGUGGUUAGCAGCCAAGGCAGCAGAAUAUCUGUCACGCAAAGAAAAUGAUAGCUUCUUUUGGGGUGAAAGGGAACACAGCGAAAAAAUUGUCAGACAAUUUAGUCUUGAUGUUUUUAAGAUUUUCUCGAAGUAUUUACCUGCUGAACGAUGCAUUGGUGAAGAUCUCCAUGCUGAUACUGUGAGUGGUCUUCUGUCUUCGAAAGUUCACUGUCUCAUUAUGUCACUUUUAAACUACAGAAUGGUGCAUAAUUUGAGAUGUAUUGUGUUUGUUGAAAGAGUUAUCACUGCGAUUGUACUGCAAUCCCUGUUGCAAGAAAUCCAAGAACUUUCUUGGUUAGGAACAAAAUACAUGGCUGGCAAUCAGUCCGGUUUGCAAUCCCAGACUAGGAAGGAGCAAAUGAGAAUUGUCGACACAUUUCAAGACGGCACAGCUAAAAUCAUUGUCGCAACCCAGAUCCUUGAGGAAGGCCUAGAUGUACAAAGCUGCAACCUUGUGGUAAGGUUUGACCAAGCGAUGAACGUAUGUAGUUUUAUACAGUCGCGGGGCCGUGCAAGGAUGCGAGGAUCUGAGUAUUUGUUGAUUAUUAAAAGUGGUGAUUCAACAACGCUGUCGAAAGUUACAAGUUAUCUUAGCAGCGGAUAUACUAUGCGAGAGGAGUCUUUGCGUCAGGCUUCUCUUCCAUGCAAACCUCUUGAAAAUGAAAUUUAUGAUGAGGAAUUUUAUCGUGUCGAAACUACGGGAGCUAAAGUGACCUUGAGUUCCAGUGUUUCUCUGUUAUAUUUCUACUGCUCUCGGCUUCCCUCAGAUGGGUAUUUUAAGCCAGUUCCAAGAUUUGUUAUGACGAAAGAGUCAAACAUCUGCGAGCUGCAUCUUCCAAAAAGCUGUCCUGUACAAACUCUGGUUGUUGAGGGUAAAGCUGGUAAGCUAAAACAAAUUGCAUGUCUGGAAGCAUUGAAGAAGCUUCAUCAGAUUGGGGCACUUUCUGAUUUUCUUUUACCAGCAUUUGAUGUGGAUAUGGAGGACGGCACUCAAGAAAUUGAUUCUGAGACUUACAAGACCGAACAAUCUGACUAUUUUCCUGGGGAAUUGGUGGAUUCUUGGUCCUCCUUUUGUUCUCUUGGUCUGUACCACUGUUACACGAUCAGAUUAAAUCAGCAUUUCAACUAUGAAACUUCUUUCAAUGACAUUCUUCUUGUGGUAAAAUCUGACCUUGGAGUUGGUCCUCUUUCAUACUCCUUUAACUUAGAAGCUGACAGGGGUUCAGUAACUGUGGACGUGAAAUAUUGCGGACCUGUUCAUUUUAAUCGUGAGCAGGUUUUGAUGGCCAUGAAAUUUCAAGUCAGUGCUCUCAAUGUGCUCAUUCACCAUGAUUUUGUCAAAUUCCAGGACACCAUGAAGCACCUACAUAAGACACCAUCAUGUAUGGAUGUUGCCUACUUACUCCUCCCUUUAGUUGGAGGCAAAGUUGAUUGGCAUUGUAUCAAGUCGUCUGCUUUCUCAAUAAGUAUGGCUCAGGGCCAGUAUCAGAAGCACUGUUUCUGUACAAAUGGAGCAGUAAAACCAAUUCAGAGUAUAGAUGGUGCAGUCUGUCGUUGCAUGCUUCAGAAUUCUGUAGUGUAUACACCUCAUAAUGGCAAGUUUUAUUGUAUAAAUGGUAUGCUGAACCACUGUAACGGAGAUUCUUCUUUGGUGUUGAACGACGGUGAAGUUCUCACGUAUAAGAAAUAUUAUAAGACCCGGCAUGGCAUUGACUUGAAAUGGAGCUGUGAAUCCUUACUUCGUGGGAGACACCUUUUCGCUGUGCGAAAUUUUCUCACUAGUCGGCCUAUUCUAAAGAAGGAAGAAUUUAGUUCUGCUGGAGUUGAAUUGCCUCCGGAACUUUGCAAAAUUAUUUUGUCUCCUGUCUCAAUUGGUACCCUGUACUCAUUCUCUUUCCUUCCAUCUAUUAUGCAUCGUAUUGAGGCUCUGGUCCUUGCUGUCAAAUUAAAGUGGGUUAUUCAGUUGGAUCAAUGUGUGAAAAAGGAUUAUGUUCAAGUUACCAAGAUAUUGGAAGCCAUUACCACCAAGAAAUGCCAAGAGGAGUUUUCUCUUGAAUCACUGGAAACACUUGGAGACUCUUUCCUCAAAUAUGCAGCAAGCCAACAUUUGUUCAAGUCCUAUGAGCAUCAUCACCAGGGUAUAUUAACUGCUAUGCGGGAGAGAUUGAUCUCUAAUGCUUCUUUAUGCCAGUUUGGCUGUAGGCGUAAUCUCACUGGGUUUAUUCGCACUGAGAAGUUUGAUUACAAAAAGUGGAUUAUUCCUGGAGAUUGUCUUAGUUUUCAUGAGCAAAAUCAAACUUCAUGUUCAACCCAGACAAAUAUUUAUAACAGAGGUAUAAGGAAUAUCAAAAGUAAGGUAGUUGCUGAUUCUGUGGAGGCUCUGAUAGGAGCGUACCUGAGUUCUGGAGGGGAACCGGCAGCCUUUCACUUCCUUAAAUGGCUUGGUUUGGCGAUUGAUUUCCGUAAGGAAAUGGUUGUUGAGAAGCCAAUUUUAUCUAGGCUUGAAAGGUUUAUAAACCUUAAAGAUCUCCAGGUCUUGUUGAAGUAUACAUUCAAUGAUCCUUCGUUGUUAGUUGAAGCAUUGACACAUGGUUCAUAUCAAGUCCAGGAUAUUCCAAAAUGCUAUCAGCGCCUUGAGUUCCUUGGGGAUGCAGUUUUGGACCUUCUUAUCACCGUCUACCUCUAUAAUAAAUAUCCUGGAGCAACUCCUGGAUUGAUCACGGACCUUAGGUCUGCUUCUGUAAACAAUGAUUGCUAUGCUCAUGCAGCAACUAAAGCAGGGCUGAACAAACAUAUUCUUCAUGCAUCCUCAGAACUUCAUAAGCAAAUGACGUUUUACCUCAACAAUUUUUCACAAUCAUUUUCGGGAUCAUCAUAUGGAUGGGAAGCGGGUGUAGCUCUCCCUAAGGUGCUGGCCGAUGUUAUUGAAUCUAUAUCUGGAGCAAUUUAUAUCGACUCGAAAUUCGACAAAGGAAUCGUCUGGGAGAGUAUAAGGCCACUUUUGGAGCCCAUAGUCACACCUGAAACAAUGGAACAGAAUCCUGUAAGAGAACUGAGCGAGCUUUGCAGCAAAAAAGCAUAUAAUUUGAGUUUCUCAAAGGCUUGUGAGCAUGGUCAAGCUUCAUUGACAGCUACAGUUGAAGCAAAUGGAGUUGUGUACGAGGCAACAUCCAAAGGAACUGAUAAGAAGACAGCCAAGAAGCUAGCGGCAAGGGAGUUACUGAAAACCUUGAAGACAGCUAUACCUGGACUUUAAUUUUUUUUAUAAUUCAUAAAAAAAAAAUUCAUGGUCUAUUUUUACUGAUUUUGGUUAUUUUUUUGCCCAGUUCAAUAGAUGUAGGUAAUAGGCGUAGUUAUUUAUGAAUGUCAAACAUAGAAAAUGUUCGUCCAUGUUAUAUCAGAACUGCUAGUUAUUAAUAGUCUAUUUCUCAUGUAUAUUUGUAUACAUAAUGUUGCGCAUGGUAACUAUGGGACAACGAAGUCAAUAUUUUUUUGGUAUAUAGGAGCUUAAUGGUAAAUGAAUGUCACUGAAAGUAAAUUACCAUAGAA